GUAUGUGUAAAGCCGACAUGAAGAUCAAGAAUGGGAGGAGACUUUUACAGCUUGAUGAUGGUGUGUGUGUGGUCUCAGAUUAGCUUCAUUUCUCAGACUCUUCAGCACACAGAAAAGACCAUGUCAAAGACCUGAUUUCUGUGUAAACCGCUGUGACACCUGCAGGGUUUGUGGAUUGGCAGAAACAAUGAACGCCUCACAGCAGAUUCACUUCUCUUCGAACAGGAGAGUUGAGACAGCGAUCAUCGCUUCAGUAUUUGCUCUUAUCUUUGUGCUCGGCACAGUGGGAAAUUGCCUGGUCCUCGCUGUACUGCUUCGCAAUGGACAGAUGAAUGGCAAGACGACUAACAUGUUCAUCCUGAACCUGGGUCUCGCUGACCUCUGCUUCAUCUUGUUUUGCGUUCCGCUCCAGGCCACCAUCUAUUCCAUGGACGAGUGGGUGUUUGGAGCAUUCGUGUGUAAAGUGGUGCACUUUAUUAUCUAUCUGACCAUGUAUGCCAGCAUCUUCACACUUACUGCUGUCUCUCUGGACAGAUAUUUAGCCAUUUGCUACCCCCUUCAUGCUAGAGAACUGCGAACCCCACAUAACACUCUCGCCUCCAUCGGAGUGGUGUGGACCCUCUCGCUGGUGUUCUCCGGUCCCUACUUUAGCUACUACACACAGAUGGAUCUAAAUGGAACCACUGUGUGCAUCCCUGCCUGGGACAUCCAGAGCCGUAGAGCCAUGGACAUUUGUACUUUCGUAUUUGGCUACCUCGUUCCCGUCUUGGUCUUGGGUCUUACAUACGCCAGGACCAUCCGCUACCUGUGGACCAGUGUAGACCCCAUGCAGGAAGCAUGUGAGAGUCGCCUCGCCAAGCGCAGGGUGACCAAGAUGAUUGUGAUCGUAGCGGUUCUGUUUUGCCUUUGCUGGCUGCCACACCACCUCAUCAUCAUGUGCAUGUGGUUCGGCCAUUUUCCCCUCAACCAUGCCACCUAUGUGCUACGCAUUCUUUCACAUCUAGUGGCUUACACCAACUCCUGCCUCAACCCCAUCGUGUACGCCCUGGUGUCUAAGCACUUCCGCAAAGGUUUCCGAAAGGUGUUUGGAUGCAUCUCGCGGAAACGGUUGGCGAAUCAGGUGAACAUGGUUCCACAGGCACAGACAGUGAGCCUGGUUGAGGUUGGAUCAAGCGACGGGUCCAAUCACAGUGACGCAUCGGCUAAGGUUCGAUUCUUGAGCAAGAGCCAUGAGAAAACAACGCUGAGUGCCUUCAUGACCUUCAACGUUACUUAA